AUGGCCAUUGGUUCUGAGUUUUCAUCACUCCCAGCUUCUCAUGAUAAGAACACAAAGGCUCUGCAGUUCAUUGAAGAUGUGACCCGAAAUGCUGACAAUAUCCAAAAGAGGGUCCUUGCCGAGAUUCUGAGCCAAAACGCUCACACAGAGUACCUGAAACGGUUUCAGCUCAAUGGAGCCACAGACCGUGACACUUUCAAGUCCAAGGUUCCUGUCGUUACUUACGACGAUUUGAAGCCUGAUAUCCAACGCAUUGCUAACGGUGAUCGCUCUCCUAUUUUCUGCGCUCACCCGAUAUCUGAGUUACUCACCAGUUCUGGAACAUCUGCUGGGGAAAGCAAAUUGAUGCCAACCAUUGAUGAAGAGAUGGACCGUCGUCAAUUACUUUACAGCCUUCUAAUGCCAGUGAUGAGCCUAUACGUGCCUGAUUUGGACAAGGGAAAGGCUCUGAAUUUCAUGUUCAUUAGAGCAGAGACCGAGACUCCCGGUGGGUUAGUGGCACGUGCAGUGCUCACAAGCUAUUACAAAAGUCACCACUUUAAAAUCAGACAAAAUGACCCAUACAAUGCAAACACAAGCCCAAUCGAAGCUAUCCUUUGCCAAGAUGCCUUUCAAAGCAUGUAUACCCAAAUGCUAUGUGGCCUCAUCAUGCGCCUUCAAGUCCUCAGAAUUGGAGCCAUUUUUGCCUCUGGUCUUCUCAGAGCAAUCCGUUUCCUUCAGCUUAAUUGGCAACAAUUAACCCAUGACAUCUCCACUGGAACCCUAAACCCAAAGAUCACAGACCCUUCCAUCAAGGAAGGCAUGUCCAAAAUCUUGAAACCCGACCCGGAGCUAGCGGGUUUAAUUUCAAAAGAAUGUUCAGGGGAAAACUGGGAACGUAUAAUCACUAGAAUUUGGCCCAACACAAAGUACCUGGAUGUGAUUGUAACCGGUACUAUGGCACAGUAUAUUCCAACCCUUGAUUAUUACAGCGGUGGGCUACCUCUUGCUAGUACCAUGUACGCAUCAUCUGAGUGUUAUUUUGGGCUCAACCUUAAGCCCAUUUGCAAGCCCAAUGAGGUUUCUUACACCAUUUUACCAAACAUGGGUUACUUCGAGUUCUUACCCCACGAUGACUCGUCUCCGAGUUUGACUCAAUCACGUGACUUAGUGGACCUAGUCGACGUUGAAGUUGGAAAAUACUACGAGCUGGUUGUUACCGUAUACGCCGGUCUAUGCCGUUACCGUGUGGGUGAUAUUUUACAAGUAACCGGUUUCCACAACUCAGCACCGCAAUUUCGAUUCGUGAGGCGAAAGAACGUGUUGUUGAACAUUGAUGCGGACAAGGUAGACGAGGAAGAGCUUCAAAGAGCAAUAGAAAAUGCCUCAAUCCUGUUAAUGGAUUUCAACACCAGCGUCGUGGAGUACACGAGUUUCGCUGACACUAAAUCAAUACCGGGACAUUACGUGAUUUACUGGGAACUGUUGGUGAAGGACUCGUCGAACCCACCCUCAGAUGAAGUGCUCACACAGUGUUGCUUGGCCAUGGAAGAGUCCUUUAACUCGUUUUAUAGACAUGGAAGAGUUGUGGACAAUUCUAUUGGACCGUUGGAGAUUCGAGUGGUGGAGAAUGGGACGUUUGAAGAGCUUAUGGAUUACGCUAUCUCACGAGGCGCGUCCAUUAACCAAUACAAAGUGCCGAGGUGUGUGACUUUCACUCCCAUAACGGAACUACUAGACUCUAGGGUGGUUUCCGUUUAUUUUAGCCCAGCUGCACCCCACUGGACCCCUUAA